CUUCAAACCGGACCAUACAAGGCCCAUGGAUGAGCUCUAUCAAAACUCAAUAUCCAUACCGCUAUCGUCUUCUCUUUUCUCGUCUGUUCUCCUCGUUUCCCCUCAAAGACACCUAUUAGCUCCAAAGUACCCAACAACACCAACCAAUACCACAACACCUCAACACCCCAUCACAGCUCCAUCUCCAAAAUGUCGUGCCCAGUCAUUGGUACAACUUCCGACACCCUCCCUCCAAACCACCCCUCCAUAGACCUUAGCAAGGACGGCCAAACCUGCCCCGUCGUAGGCGCAAAAACCGACCACCACCACAACCUGCACUCGCACCCUCCAGUCCCCACCAACGAGACGACCGCAACCGCGUGUCCCGCCCUCAAGAACAACGUCAUCAAGCAGCCGCGUGCCCAAGAAAUGGACAACGCUCUAUGCCCUAUCGUCGGCACGGCUACAACCAUCCUUCCUCCUGACCACCCAGAUAUGCUCAAGGCGAACGAGGGCGACGUCUGCCCUGUUACCAAGGCGACGGUCGGACACCACAAGGACAAGGUUACUACGCACCCGAGUGUAGAGGCUGCCAGGGAUGGCGCUGUGUGCCCUGUUACGGGACAGAGGCAGCAGCUUGCGUAGGUAGAAUUCAUAUACCUGACUGCUUUGACCUUAGGGGGAUCUUGGUUCUUUGGCUGGCGUUUGGAUUAGGAUACAGGAAAUGAAAUUCAAUGAAUUUACUGAUUCCGCAUG